AAUUGUCUCAAUAAAUAGAGGUUAGUAGAGGAAAAGGAAGCUAAUUCUUCCUAGUGUGAUACACGAUACAAUUUAAAAGAUACUGACUUGCUGGUUCUUUACAAUUACUCAGAAGAUGGAAACAGCUGGUGAAACAACGAAAGACAACAACUGUUGUACAUGUACCAUUACCUGUCGCUGUGAAAAUGGAAAGAUGACAUGCGUCUGUAACUGCAAGGAUGAGACGUCUCAGUGUUGUGAAGAAGCUAAGGAGGGGAAAGGCAAAUGUGCAUGUACAGUUACUGUAGUUUGUGAAUGCAAAGAUUCACGUUGUAGCCCAGAUUGCAAGAAGGAGUCAUGCCAGGAUUGCGCAGAAGCCAAAAAGAAGAACAGCUGUGUUUGUACCGUUACCUGUCGCUGUGAAAAUGGAAAGAUGAUAUGCGUCUGUAACUGCAAGGAUGACACACCUAAGUGUUGUUCAGAAGCUAAGGAGGGGAAAGUCAAAUGUACAUGUACAGUUACUUGUCGCUGUGAAAAUGGAAAGAUGAAAUGUGUCUGUAACUGCAAGGAUGACACGUCUCAGUGUUGUGCAGAAGCUUUUAAUCCCACUAUUC